GACGUUUCCUCGGCGAACCGUUGCAAGUGGACCACAAAGUGAAGUUUUGAAAUGAACCACGUCGGCGCGCGAGGACAGCGCUGAAAAGAUGAACGAGGACGCGGAAUGCUGAGGACGUGACGGACAAGGCCCCAGCGAGCAGACUCGUCGCGGCGGAUGGUUGGCGUCCGUCAAUGACCUGCCAGUCGUCGGAGGCACGGGACGCGCCGGCGGACCGCGACGGGAGCCGCGUGGCCUCGGCCAUGAAAGAGCUCAAGAACGCAGGCUGGUACUGGGGCAGCCUGACGGCCGACGAGGCCAAGGACGUCCUUCGGGACGCCGCCGAGGGAACCUUCCUGGUGCGGGACAGCUCGCAGAGGGACUUCCUGUUCACCAUCUCCGCCGUGACGUCGGCCGGUCCCGCCAACCUCCGCAUCCGGUACCACGGCGCCAAGUUCAAGUUGGACUCGGUGGCGUCGGUCAGCCCCAAACUCCGAGAGUUUGACAGCGUGGUGCGCCUGGUGGAGCAUUACGUGCAGCUGUCGCGGAGCGGCGCGGCCGCGCCGCCCAACGGGGCGGUCCCGCUGCUCCUCAUCCGACCCGCCUACUCCGCCGUGCCGCCGCUGCGCCACCUGAGCCGCGUGGCCAUCAACGGACGCACGCGGCGCGUUGGCGACCUGCCGCUGCCCAACCGGCUCAAGGACUACUUGGGCGACUACUUGUACAACGUGUAGCGGACCCGCCCCGCGUUUGCACUUUUGUCCUUUUUUUUUUUGGGGGGGGGGUGAGAAGUCGUACGGUUAAAAUUUAGGGGGGUUUGAGAGUGGUCUCAUUUUUACAUUUUUAUUUUGUUGUUGGAAUAAAUGCCAGUCAGUCAUAUUUGUCCAAGAUAAAGUCAUGACAAUUUGGACGGUUGGCCUAACAGUUCUGAGGACUCGGGUUCGAUCCUGACCCCGCCCAUGUGGAGUUUGCGUGUUCUCCCUGUGCCUGCCUGGCUUUUCUCCGGGUGGGCACUCCGGUUUCCUCCCACGUCUCAAAAUCACCCAACUUUAAUUGGGCCCUCAAAUUUGCCCCAACGUCGUGAUCGUGAGCGCGGUAGGGUGUUUGUCUGCGAUUGGCCGGCGACCGGUUCAGGGCGUACCCCGCCUCCUGCGCGUCGACAGCUGGGAUAGGCUCCAGCAGUCGCGACCCUUGUGGGGAUAAGCGGCAAAAGAAAAUGGAUGACGACACGAGGCAAAUUUCAACACUAAAUCUGGAAAUCUUGGAUCUUGGCUGGCGACCAGUUCAGGGCGGGGCCCGAAAAUGAAAUGCACGAUGAAUGCACGAGUCAACUUUCUUCUUGAGCAAAAUCGGACUACGGAGACGCAAACGCGUUGCCGUUGCCGAAACAACUGCUGACGAUGCUCUUGCCCAUUUUGGAAGGAGGAUGUUUUUUCUUUUCUUUUUCUUUUUUUUUUUUUUGGGGGGGGGGGGCAUAUUUUCUUGAUUCCUUUUCAAAGUAUUUAUUGGUGGCGUCACACUGAAUGAUGAUGAAGCAUGUUGUUGAAAAUAAAAUGUUGAAUUGAUUUCAAGCAAAUGUUUUUGUAAAAUGCGUUUAUUCCAUUCCAACGUUGAUUUUUAUGUUGAGAGGACAGGAAAGAACCAAAACCAAACUGGGAAGCAAAAUUGUUAUCAUCUAGCAAUUUGUUUUGAGUUUGUGUGUGGUGUUGAAAAUGUCAGGAAGGCUUAAGAUGACCAAAAUUAAAAAACGAAACCGUUUUUACCAAAAUGAUUUCGAAAUGCAUCUCAAC